AUGAGAUCACGUAAACAGUGCCAUUGGGAGUCUUUUAAAAAGGAGAGAAACCUUGUCUCUAAGAUGGUUAAAGAAUCUCACAGCCAAUAUUUAAACAACGUCAUUGGAGAUAGCCUAACUAACAAUCUAAAAAAGUUCUGGUCAUACGCACGUACCAGUAAAUCAGAAAUCAUUGGCAUUCCUCCUUUAAGAGCAGGGAGCAAAUUCUGCUCUACAGACAGCGAUAAAGCUGAAAUUCUUAGUUCUCAUUUUGCUUCAACUUUCACUAUGGAAUGCUUGCCUCCUCCAGCCACCGAUCAAUCACCUUAUAAAUCAAUUGCUAAAUUGCAAAUCACUACUCAAG